CUCUUCCUACUGUUGCAAUGCUUUGUCAGCUAUGCCCUUCUCUCCGGUGCUGCCUCCUCCUCCUCCUCCUCUUUCCAUUAGCCUCCAGUUCUGCUUCUAAUGGGGACACAGUGGUCACAACCAGCAGUGGCCCGAUUAAGGGCAAGCGGUUCCUGGCUGGCUCUGGAUCUGUGACAGCCUAUCUAGGCAUUCCUUAUGCUGAGCCUCCCCUGGGGAAGUUGCGCUUCCAGAAACCUCUUCCACAUCAGCCAUGGACUCAAACUUUGGAGGCCACCAGCUUUGGCAAUUCCUGUCCUCAAUUUAUUUUCCGGGAUGUCCCUGAAGCAGAGACAUUUACUCCUAAAACACCACUUUCAGAAGAUUGCCUUUCCCUCAACAUCUGGGUGCCCCACCCACAACGUCCUUCACCAGUGCCUGUUUUGGUCUGGAUACACGGAGGGGGAUAUUUCAUGGGCUCAUCUUCUCUGGACAUAUACAACGGGGCCUCCUUAGCUGCCACUGAGAAUGUCAUUGUGGUCUCCAUCAAUUAUCGCCUGGGAGCCCUAGGCUUUCUUUACUUGCCAGAAGCUGCUCCAGGGAACCUAGGCUUAUGGGACCAACAGCUGGCCCUGAAGUGGAUAAAAGAGAAUGCAGCUGCCUUUGGGGGAGACCCUUUCCCCAAAGGCAUUUUUGGCCAGAGUGCUGGAGGAUCUUCUGUGAAUUUCCAUCUUCUUGCGCCAAAAAGCCAGGACCUUUUUGCCCAAGCAGUGAUCCAGAGUGGAACAGCCAAUGCUUUCUGGUCUUGGAAGUCUCCUGAGGAAGCCAAUCGGUUAUCUCUUGAAUUUGUUCAUUUGCUAGGUUGCUUUGAGGACAGCAAUACCAGCAUACUGCAUUGCCUGGAAACAAAAAAUGUUUCUGAAUUUAUUCGGCAUGAAAUAUCUAUGUUGUUCAAAGGUGGCUUCCUUGUGGUUCCAGAUCCUUUUGUUCCCAAGGCCGCCGCUCGCGUGCUUCCGAUGCGGACAACAGGGACAUCGAGCAGCAAACUGCCCAGUUCCUUACCCCCAACAGCACAGCAGACCGAGACCCGCAGCGAAGAAGAAAUCUGA